CAGAACGCGCAUGCACAUGCACAUAGCUCGGCGAGUCCCACAUAACAGCGCCGGCGCCACCACUACAAUGGCCGGAGCGCAUAAGUUCGCCGGGUUCCUGCAGCACCUGCGCCGGUGCUCGGCGGCGGUGCUCGACAGCGCAAUGUCCCUCGUGUGCUCGGUCUCCAAGGCCUACGCGCACCACCAGGUGAUGGAGCGCGUGGCGCGGUCGCGGCGCACGCUCCGGUGCAGCGCGGGCCAGGCGUGGCGCCGCGCCGCCGAUGUCGCCGCGCGCCUCAACUCGCUCCUCGUCCACGUCGUCUACUUCGUCGCCAUCUCCUGCGUCGGGUGGGGGCUCCUCGACGCGCUCAAGGUGCGGGCGCCCUCCGGCAGGAGACCCCGCGGCAUCGACACGUUCUUCACCGCCGUGUCGGCCGCGACGGUGUCCAGCAUGUCCGCCGUCGAGAUGGAGGUGUUCUCCCACGGCCAGCUCCUGGUCCUCACGGCUCUCAUGUUCGGCGGCGGCGAGGUGUUCCUGUCGCUCGUGGGCCUCGCCUCCAAAUGGUCCAAGAUGAGGAAGCAGAUCAUGAACAGAUCACGGCGCGUCGAGAGCCACGACGACGACGAUAUCGAGCUCGAGACCACCACGGCCGCCGAGGCCGAUUCCAGGUCGAUAACUACUGCGGUCACCGAAGAGAACGACGACGACAUCCCGGUAGACGCGAAGGUUCUGCGGCGCAAUGCGGUGCGCUCGCUGUUCUUCAUCGUCCUGGGCAUUCUGCUGGUGGUGCACGUGGUGGGCGCCGUCGCCGUGGCGGCGUACGUCUACGCCGCGCCGGGCGCGAGGCAGACGCUGCGGCGCAAGGCCCUGAACGUGUGGACCUUCUCGGUGUUCACGACGGUGUCCACGUUCUCCAGCUGCGGGUUCAUGCCGACGAACGAGAACAUGAUGGUGUUCAGCCGGGACGUGCCGCUGCAGCUGCUGCUCGUGCCGCAGGCGCUGGUGGGCAACACGCUGUUCCCGCCGCUGCUGGCCGCGUGCGUGUGGGCGGCGGCCGCGGCCACGCGGCGGGAGGAGAUGGUGGAGAUCGCCAGGAAGGGCAGGGAGGCGACGGGAUACUACCACCUGCUACCCGCGCGGCGGUGCUGGAUGCUCGCAGGGACGGUGGGCGGGCUCAUCGCCGUGCAGGUGGCGCUGGUGUGCGGGAUGGAGUGGGGCGGCGCGCUGCGGGGGAUGAGCGCGGGGGAGAAGCUGUCCAACGCGCUGUUCCUCGCCGUGAACUCUCGGCACACCGGCGAGUCCACCCUCGACCUCUCCACGCUGGCGACGGCCAUCCUCGUGCUCUUCGUCCUCAUGAUGUAUCUUCCUCCAUACACGACAUGGUUUCCAUUUGAAGAGAAUUCCAAGAGGGGUCAUCAUUCCACGGAGAGCCAAGGAAUAAGGCUGCUCAAGAGCACAGUCUUGUCACAACUCUCCUACUUGACCAUCUUCGUCAUCGCCAUCUGCAUCACCGAGAGGAGAAAGCUGAAAGAAGAUCCCCUCAACUUCAACGUGCUCAGCAUUGUUGUCGAAGUCGUCAGUGCUUAUGGAAAUGUUGGCUUCUCAAUGGGCUACAGCUGCAGCAGACAGAUCAAUCCAGAUGGGCUCUGCACAGACAGAUGGACUGGUUUUGCCGGGAGGUGGAGCGACUCCGGCAAACUCAUACUCAUUGCUGUGAUGUUCUUUGGGAGGCUUAAGAAGUUCAGCAUGAAAGGAGGCAAAGCCUGGAAACUUAGUUAGGUGCAGGUGCAGCAACAGAUACACACAUUGCAGGUGCCUGUGGGUAUAUAUGUGUAGUCUGAUGGGGAAUCCAUGAAAGCCGCCGCAAAACGAAAAGAGAUGUCUUCUCUGUUCUCUUCUUGUUCGCCCCUUUUGUAUGUAUUCCUUUUCAUGUACUGUAGAAGGGAACCUUCUACUUUGUCAUCUGUGCACAGAUGCACAUGCAAGUGCUGGCAAUUGUAGAUUAGGUCAAAGAAAGCUAAUCAUGAAAAAUCAAGAUAUAUAUGGUAUUAGCCUGAUUGUCUUCACAAGUGGA